ACAUGGCGGCCGCCGAGCCGCAGGGCCGCUUCGGGCAGUCGGUGAAGGGCCUUCUCUCCGAUAAAGUGUCCGCCUGCACCACCGACGUGAUCGCCCUCACCAAGCAGAUCCUGAAGGGAUCCCGCAGCUCCGAGCUCCUUGGCCAGGCAGCCAGAAACAUGGUGCUGCAAGAAGACUCCAUACUCCACUCAGAGGACAGUCUACGUAAGAUGUCAAUUAUAACAACACACCUUCAGUACCAGCAGGAGGCUAUACAGAAAAACUCACACUGCAGAUACUUUGAGGGGAAUACGGACUCAUAAUGUGAACAACUGUAUUUGUAACUUUACAAACUGAAUGAACAGCAGCUGCCUGAAGUUACAGCACUAUUGGUACUGAUUUAACUUUCCAUUCAACUCCUUGAACUUUGCUCUGCAUCAUAUCUCCUGCCUUUUGAAAAUGUUCCAUUGUAGAGCCUUGAAAAUCUGUUUACCGCAGUUAUUACUGCGAGUGAUAAGAUGUUUCACAUUCUAUCGCUCUCAGUAACAGCUGUUGUAAACAUGCUUAUCCCUUAUCUGUAGUGUUCUUGAAACUCAAAAGGCUUGAAAUAAAGAUUCUACAUCUACAAUACUGUAGACUUAUUUUUAUGAUUUAAAUCUAUAUUUGCUCAUGGACAAUCAAAAACCUGACAGUGAAUAGUCUGAGUAAGCGAUUGCACUAGAAGUCCCAUUUGUACAUAACUAGAGAGCUUUACUCUGUCAGACUGAAUAAAUGAAUGACACUGUUCUGGUGUUAAAUCCCAAAGAUCUGCUGCUUGGUACUUCAGUUUAUUUACAUUACAGAUACAGUGUGGAACUAGGCCCUUUGGUCCUCCGUGUCCACACCAACCAUGACAUGGGGUAAGAAUUAGGCCAUUCAGCCCUUCGAGUCUACUCCGCCAUUUAAUCAUGGCUGAUCUAUUUUUUCAUCUCAACCCCUCUCUUGCCUUCUCCCCAUAACCUUUGACGCCGUUCCUAAUCAAGAACCUACCAAUCUCUGCCUUAAAAAAUACCCAAUCUCUUAGACUCCACGACCAUCUGUGGCAAUGAAUUCCACCGAUUCACCACCCUCUGGCUAAAGAAAUUCAUCAUUAUGUCCAUUUUGAAGGUAUGUACUUUUAUUCUGAGGCUGUGCCCUGUGGCCCUAGACUCUCAUUGCUGGAGAAACAUCCUUUCCAGGACCAUUGAUCAUUAGUUCUAUUGUAUUCCCACUCUCGCAUCUGACACUAUGGCGAAUUUGCAGAGGCCAAUUAACCUAUAAACCUGUACGUCGUUGGAAUGUGGGAGCAAACCAGAGCACCCGGAAGAAAUCCACGCGGUCACAUGGAGAACAUGUAAACAUCACAGAAAGUACCCAAGGUCGGGAUCAAAGCUGAGCUACUCUCAUAGCCUACAUUUGGUCCUUAUCCUUCUAAACCUUUUCUAUCCAUUUGUCUAUCCAAAUUGGGAUGGGAGAUUGCAACCUUCAUGUGGUCUGCCCUGUUUCGACGAAUGCAAUCAACCUAGCGUGCACAAUCAAGUGAGAUCAAAUAGAACAAGUUGUCCUUCAGCUUUGCACGCCACAUGCAAGAAGAAGUCUAUCCAAAUGUCAUAGUCAUACAGCAUAGAAACAGGCCCUUCGACCCAACUUGCCUAUGCCAACCAAGAUGCCCAUCCACACUAGUCCCACCUGCCUGCGUUUGGCCCAUAUCUAUCUCUAAACCUUUCCUAUUCAUGUACCUUCCCAAGUGUUUCUUAAAUGCUGUUGUAGUACAGGACCUACCUCCUCAGGCUGCUCAUUCCAUAUAUAUGUGGAAAAAGUUGCUCCUCACCUUAAACCUAUGUCCUUGUGUCUUCUCCUUUAUACAUCUCCAGAAGGUCGCCUCUCAGGUUCUAUUAAAUCUUUCCCCCUCCCUUCACCUUGAACCUAUGGUAUCUUAUAUAAAAAUAAAAUACCUUUAUACACCUUUAAUGUGGUCCUGGGGCCUCAUCCUUUUCUCCAAAGAAAAUGCAUGCAGCGUUUGAAAGUGAGCUUGCACCCUGUUUAUUUUUGCAUUAUUCUUUUAAACUCGUAUGAUUCUGAC